AUGCAGUUCGAGAGCGUCCUUGAAACUCAGCGCCACAUGCAAGCUAAAUUAGAUGCUCAGUGCGAAGGGUACUUGCCCGAGUUUAAAACUCCUUUGGCAUUAGAGCGAGAGGUCGCUCAAUUGUUCACACUCGCUAUUUUUUACGAUAUGCAGCAGGAGAUUGAAGCUGCAUGUUUCUAUUGCCAAGUUGUGGGUAUCCGUAAGGAUAGUGGGGGCAUCUUUUAUGACAUCACAGGUGAUUCCGCCACCACGUACACCGUACACUUCACCCCGGACGGGUGUAGUACUUUUUGCAGCUGCAAGAUGUUUGAACGAAUGGGGUUGAUUUGCAGGCAUAUGUUCUUAGUGUUCAAGGGGGCACAGCUAGAGCAGUUACCAUCGCAGUGCAUUGUGGAUCGUUGGUGCAAACACCUGAGCUGCGAUUCUUGUAGAGGGCGAGGUUCUAAAGAAUACCACCCAAAAUCAGGAGCAACAGAAUUGUGGUCUGAAAUAAACACGUGUGCUGGGCUGGUGGGUGAGAGCACGACACGUCAAGCUCGGAUGGUGCAGGUAUUGAAAGAGCUGCGGGCGGAAUUUGCGAGUGAUGGUACAACCACCGGGGCAACAAAUGGUAAUAGUGCUGCGAUCAAGACAUUAUGUGGGGUGCAGCCACCCACAAACAUAACCAUUAAAGCCCCAGCCCAAGCUAAGAACAAAGGCAGUGGGAAGCGUCUUAAAAGCAGUCGGGAGAUAGCCAUAGAGAACAGUGGCAAAGUUGGCCGAAAGUGUGGGUUGUGCGGUGAGUACGCCCGUCAUAAUGCUCGUAGUUGUCCUUCCAGGUGCAAUAUGGUUUAG